CCCGUUUUUCUACAUGUAUAAGUAUAUCUUCGCAAGUGUUCUUUCAAAUAUUUUUUCCAAAUUCAUUUUAAACAUUUGUUUGGGUUCUGUUGAAUUCACUAUAAUGAAUAGUAAACCCUGGUAGGUGACGUGAAGUUUCGCUUUGGAAAAAUGUUUUUCCUAAGAUGUGAGCAGUACAGACUUAAGAUGUGCUUAUUUCCAUGACAACACAACAUGGUGGACAUUCUAAAUCAUCAAUUAAAUUAUAGUCAAACUACUUUGAAUGAAAUGGCUCCUGAUUCCUUGCAGGAAUUGACUGGAGCAAAUGAAAAUAAGGCUUUAACUGCUUGGAAAAGGUUAAAAAGUUCUUUAAGAGUGGCAACGAAAACUUUUGGCUCACGUGGACAAGAACAUAGUACCUUAAUACAUGGUAUAAAUUUCAAACUGAGGAUAUCUCACCCUUAUAUCAUAACCAGUGCACAGUAUCUGCCAACGAGAAAUUUAUACAUGACUACUGGAGGAGGAAAAGUUGCUUUUUUCAGUGAUGUUGGCAACAAGACUGGAGAGUUUCCAUUCUUAUUUGACAACAUCAAACCUCUGUUUGAUGCACAAAAGUUCAUCGCUUGGCGGGAUGGUAGCAAGAGGGUUCAUUUGCUGAAUAAUUCAUUGAAAGUAAUUCAGAGUGUAGAUUGCCACAACUGUGUUUAUCUGGUGACGUUUAAUGCCAAAAGGAAUGAAGUUAUCGUUGUUUCCAAAGGUUACGUCAGUUCAUGGGGCUUCCAAAAAGGAAGGCGGCAUUUGGUGCGGAAAAAAGUAUGCACACAGAAUGAGCUUAGUCAAGAUGUACCAAGUGAAAUCAUUUUGGACAACAACGAUAUCAAAGACCAGAAGUGCUUCAUCAGUGUGAAUGCAAAUAUAGUUGUGUUUUUUGUGCAAUUCAUGAACUUUCUGUAUUCAAAACAAAGGCUUCAUCAAACUAGAAUAUGUGCAAUGACUUACUUCAAAACAUAUCAGUUGCUUAUAACUGGUUCUGAAGAUGGUUGUAUCAAAGUUUGGGAUCCAGACUGGAAUGUGUUACUGGUCUUUGUGGGUCAUAAUGACAAAAUUAUAAAGCUCAUUCAAUUUCCACACAGUAUAGCAAAUCUUGUGUCUGUAAGUACUGAUGAAACUUUAAGAAUAUGGAACCUGGAAACACAAGAAGAAAUCAGAAGAAUACAGAUUGAAAAGAAUGUGACAAUACUUGGCAGUAUCCCAGAAAGAGAAGAACUUUACUCAUGUUCCAAUGAGGAUUUAUUUUUGUGGAAAACUGAUCAUUUAUAUAAUCUCUUUGUGGUAAUUGGCUUCAAAAUUAUAUCAAUAAAAAUGACAAAUCAUCCAGCCUACCCUCAACGAGCGAUUGUUAUCUGCGAUGACUUCUCAAUAAGAAUAAUUAAUCCUCAUACUGGACAAAACAUUACUAAACUGCUGCUGAUUUCUGACUGUUCAGUUGAUAUUGUAGAUUGUGUUUAUGCAAUUUCAGAAGACACCCUAUUUGUCUUACUAAAAGAUGGAUCCCUAUUGAAAGCUUCCACAUUAAGAAAUCCAUGUCAAAUUAUGAGUAUAUGGACAUAUAAUUCCCCAUCAGUUCAUUUCAGCUCUCUAGUUUUAUAUGAACAUGUCAUAAAUUUAACCCAAAAUGUAAACAUGACCUCUGCCCUGAAAAUACUUACUACACAAACUAUCAAGUCAGGUGUUAUGGCAGCUCCACCAAACACAAAUCGUACAAUACUUGUUGCUGGAAGAUUCAAUGGAGAAAUUUGUAUCCUGGACUGGUUUGAAGGAACAAUUAAUUUUCAAAUACAAGCUCAUGGCAACAAAGAAGUAUUAUCAUUAGUGUCUAACCCUCGUUUUGACCAGCUGAUCUCCAGUGGUAGAGAUCUUGUCAUCAAAAUUUGGAGAUUUUAUGCUUUUGCAGCUGACUGCUUGAUUCCUCUUAUGUCAUUUUACUGCUCUCAAACACCAACACAUAUGACUGUCUUACAGAAUUUCCUUGUUGUUGCUUUUAAAGAUUAUGCUAUGCUAAAUUUCUCACUUGUGUCAUACGAUCUUAGAAACUAUAUGCAGUAUGACCAGAAUCCUUCUUGUGAACAUUAUGAUCAAAUCAUUUCCUUAACAUCAUGUCCAAAAUUAGGAAUUUUAGCUUCGGCAAGUAUUGAUCAAACUAUUAAGAUUUGGAAUGAAACGAAUAACCUCAUUCGAACACUUCAACUUGAAGCCAUUCCAGAGAGUUUAUGUUUCUAUGGUGAGAAAGGGGAUUUGCUGGUUGGACUUUCUCGUCAUAUUUACAAAAUACCUAACACAGUUUACUUACCUAAUUCCUACAAAGUGAAGUUGAUGUCAAUGACGAUAAAGAAACCUAUACCAGAUACAGUAACACCUGUUGAUGAAAGUACACUGAGUAAAUCUGAGUAUUUACAUCAGUACCAAGCAUUAAGAAUGGAAAAAUCUAUGUUGCCUUUCUAUGUUGAUCACUCAUCACCAGACACAACUGAAUGUCUUAUAAGUGAAGAUAAAGCCGCACAUCAAAUGUUUAAGGAACGUAACAAUGAUCUUGAGACACUUCAGAGUGGGUCCACUCAGCAAAAGAAGAAAAAUUUAAAAAAUGUGAAGCGGACUGCAUUUUUUAAUUAUAUGAGAGUUAUAAACAAAGUUAUUGCAGAACAGUCUACCCCCGAGGACACACUAGCAAGUAUUAUUGAUGGCAAUGAAGUCAGUCACAGGUUUAAAAGUAUUUCAGAAUUUCAAAGAUGCAUGGAAAGUCCUGAAAAUCCCAAUGUGAAGAAGCAACCUGACAGAUAUGGAAGAAUUCAAAAGCCUAGACGUAGGGAAUUUCUGUCAGAGAAGAAGCCACAUGAACCCCUUAAAAAGCCUGAACAUUCCAGCAGUCCGACAGCUUUAUUUUCUUUAUUUGAAUCUGGUGAACAGAAAAUGUUUUCUCUGUCAAAAAAAGUGACACAUCUAUUAAAUGAAUAUAAACAAAUCUCAAAGAUUAUUAUGAGUCAUAAUGAAACUGUUUCUCGAACUCCAGCAAGUGUCAUUUCAACACCUUCAAGAGUACCACAAUAUAGAGAUGAUUCCUCUUAUGAUAUUCCUCCAUCAAAAAUACCUUCAACUGUAUCUACAGCUCAGGCUUCAGAGCUUAUGUGCACAUUAUCAAAAUCUAUAGUACAAAGGACAACUCGAAGUGCAUCUGCAGAGCCGUCACAAACGUCUACAGUGUUCCAAGAAUAUGUCAAAAAAAUCUUGUCUGCUGAUUGGUUCCAGAAACGUUUUGGUGACCUUACAGAUAUUCUGACAAACAUGGUACACAGUAAUGACUUCAUCCUUUCCAUAAUACCAUUGCUAAAUAGUAACUCCAUGGAAAUAAAAUUCAAUAUUCUUAAUACAAUCAUUGAUACUUUCUCUAAAUUUGGAGCAGACGACAGAGAAGCAAUUGCAGAAGCAAUUGUCAAUCUCUUGAAAGAAGAUCCCUUUGAUUUAGAUUCAGGUGAUGAAGAUCGAAAAAAUCUUAUACAGCUUGCAAUGUCAUCCCUUGAAAUUUUUCACGUUGAAAAUGAUGACAUGGUUAUGCAACAUCUGAAACAUUACAUUUAUGGUGAUGAAAUUAUAAGGAAUUGUGCAAUUACUUCACUGAAGAGUUUUGGUUUAGGAGAAGGUGUGCAUUACCUACAAAAAGAACUUGAUGAAUUUCAUCUUCAGUAUAUGGAGACUACUCCAUGGAUAGAUACAGAAGUGCAGUUGGAAAAAUGGGUUACGAAAUGGAAAAAAUUCUUUCAGAGAGAUAUCCGCGUUUCAUUUCAUAGUUCAACUAAACCUGAGGAUCUGCAAGAUACUUUACCCUCAGUUUAUAAAUUCCGAGAGAGAUGUGCACAAUCAGAAUUAUCUGAGGACCAAAUGGAACUAUCUGAUACAGAGAUAACCAAUGUGGAUAUAUUGAAUUAUUUUUGUGAAAUUCAGAGCUUGAAAGAGAUUCCACCAAAGGAAGAGCCACAAAAGGAAAAAUCACCAAAGCCUUCAAUAAUAGAAAACCAGACUCUACCCAAAGAAAAAAUUACCCAUCUUACACGCCUUGGUGAAACAUAUACCAGUGUCUGUAAGCCAAAAAGGGAAACCCUAUUUUAUACAAAUUAUAAAAAGCCUCCAAUUACUUACAAGGAUUAUUUGCCCCACCAACUGAAACAUCGUGGCACGAAAAGUGGUUUUUACUUAUCACUACCAAAAUUGCAAUUGAAUCCAUUUGCAACCGAAGACUCUCCGAAAAAAAAAACUGGAAACGAUCUUCCAUUCAUCUCAUUAGAGAAAACGCCAAAGUAUUUUGUCCCAUCUCUGUCUUUAGCUUCACCAUCUAGAUGAAUAUCUCAAAAUAAACAUUAUUUUACAUUGA